CAAGUUAGCAGAUGUACAGGACAGAAUUUUUUUUUACUCUAAGUAGGGUCACUCCUCAAAAAAGUGAACAGUUGAGUCGCGUCAGCCACAUUGCUUUUGUUGUGAAUAUUCAUCGUUUUUCAUUUUUUUUUAAACAGUAAAUGCCCAUUUUUUAGCCUUGCCCAGUUGUACAAUAACUUUGUCAUAUAGACCAUGCUUUUUUGUCUAAAAUUGUAACCAUGUUUAUUUACCGACAUGUGCGAGGGAGGGGGGUUCAUUCCCCCUUUUUUAUUUUAGUGAGUUAAGUUUUUAGAACGCUUCAAAAUAUUCUGUAAAGAAAAAAGGUUGACUUAUGCAGAUAUUUAGACAUUUUUAUUUCUGAAAAGACAGUCAUCCGUCCGGCAUUUGUUAAUUUUCAGAGUACUGGGUCUCAAGUUUCUCUAUGAAGGAAUCAACAUCGUUUUUCAAUAAUAAAAUUGCAUGCAUGUCAAGAGAUGAGUUAUUUUAAAUUAUUUUUAAGUUAGUUUUAACACAAAUCUAAUAUGGAAUUUUCAUGUUUUAUCGAAAUUACCAUGUUUGCAAUGGUGAAUGUAAUUGGCGUAUACACUUUACAGCACAGUUGGCGAUGAGAAUUAUAUUAUAUUCCAAGAAUUCUUUUGUUCCAAUUUACCUUUUCAUUUUUUUUAUAUUUCACACCAAGGCGUCGUACAAGAAGUACAUCAUUGUUGCUGUUGCUGUCAUUGUUGUUGUUGCUGUUGCUGUCGGUGGAACAUUGGGAGCAGUUCACAUCUCUAACAAGGCAGCACAAGAUGUGUGGAAGGAGUACCAUCUCCGUUUAACCGACAAGCAAGGGAAGAAAGUUGACGAAACGGUUCAGGUUGAUCUGCAGGACAACAUCACCGUGUACAACGUGAACAACGAGAAGUUCCACGUUGCCAUGGACAACUCGAGGAGUCUGGUAGUAUACAAGAUGAAAAUGAACAACAAGUUUGCUUGUUACUUGACUCCAAUGAACAAAUCUGAAGAGACUGACAGCAAGGACGUGGCCAACGCUUUGGAACAAUCGAAUACCGUCGAAAAUACCACAUAUGAAGAUAUUGAACAAAAGCGAUUCGUUGUCAACACAUCUCCGAUCAAGGACAAGUCCUUCCUAAGUCCCAGAAUGCAGGAAUUUUGCAGGGAUCUGGAGGCAUACUGGCUUACCCAGAAGGACGACAACAUUGUAGAGAGCGCCAAAACCCAAGCACCGGCAGGAGGUAAUCGCCAGAAGCGAGCUUGCUACUUGGACAGUUGCUUGAGGCUUGGAUACUACUGCCCCUAUAUCGGUGUUUCUCAGUAUUGCUAUUAUUAUUACUAUUAUGCUUUGUGUUACGUAUGCUUGGGUAAAUAAA